UUACCAGGCUGUAUGCAAGUGCGAGCCAUCAGCCGGACGAAGCGUGCCCGCUCUUCAGUAUCUGCUCCCCCGAGAGACCUCCUUGUCCUACAUCUGCGAACAGGGCAUAAGGAUGAGAGCCUGUUGGUCAGCGAUAGAACUCACACCCUGCCGGUGCAGACUCUGUCCUCCCCUCCUGCGCAUUCUCAAGCGAUUGCUCGCGGGGCUCCUGAGAAUUGCCCACAUAUGACGCGUGACUCUUUUAUUUUUUUUGUGGCGAGAACCCAAGGCCGACAGGAACGAAAAUAUCGGACGGCAAGGACGCCUGGGGGGGAAGGCACGGCUUUUGGGCCGCGUCCCUUGCACAUGGCCGGAUCGGGCGGUUCGGCACUCCCCCGCUGGCCCAGAAGCGAAAGAAACGCCAACAAGCCUAUAAAUUGACUUCCCAAAGGCUUGAGGUGACACACACACAAAGACCGAACAGAUAAAAAAGAGAUAACGUUACUUUCACAAGGACAGCCUCCCUCGGUAAAAAAAAAACCCAAACCAGAACAAACCAACCAGCAUCCAGUACAAGAAUUCACUCAAGACACGCUUUGCACCCAAAACGGGGAGGAACGUAGUCAAAGCAGCAGAGGCGUUUUUCCAGAGGGCUGUUGAUUGCUCACCCGGGGGGUGUCGCAGUAGACGGAGCCCGGUGGGGGUCCCCUCAAGCGCGCUGUGGGGCUGGGAGGAGGCGGGGAGCCCUGCGCACGGGGACCAGCGCGCGGCACCUCCUCGCUGUACCGUUACAGCGCCCGCCGCGCGCUCAAACUUUGCAGUUUCAGCCGCGCGGCGCCUCGCCUCCUUCCCCUCUCUCUUCCACGUUUCCUGGCUGACCGAUAUUAGCGGAGUGGCACCGGGGGGCAGGGGGAGUUGAGUCUGUACUCCCGCGUGACUCACAGCGUGCUUCUGUUUUCGAAUGGCUCAGGGGCACGGAUGCUGGUGGCGCCCCGGAGUGACGCGCGGCGCUAACGAGGGGCUCCUGGACAGGGGGAUGGCGGCAGACUGAGCCACACGGCGGAGGAGCCCUGCUAGAUCUCUCAGUACGUGGCCCACUGUCUCCCCCGGCUCUUCACUGUGGUUUUUAAUGUCUGAGCUGCAGAGAGUCCUGGCAGGACAGGAUGUUGCCUUGUUGGACUACAGGGAGGCUGACUGGAGUUUUUGCCUUUAAAGAGAAGCUCAGGUCACGGGAAUCGCCUGCUGUUUAUUUAUUUUUUUAAAGACUGAAAAUCCUGCAAGCUUGAAGCUCUGCGGGGUGCCGGAUGGUCACCCCUGACCCCUUUGUUACUACUGAACAUUGUGAAGCUCCGACUGCCCCCGGCCCGCCCUCCACUGCCUCAUGAACUGCCGAAGGAAGGCGUGCCUGUGCGCGCUCCUGUGUGGGGCGCUGUUCCUCAUGCUGGUCACUCACGGCAGACAGAAGUGGACGCCAGGCCUCCAGCGCCUGGCCCCCGCGGCGAGGGGCCAGGCGAGGAACCAGACGCGCGCGCCGCCGGCCCGGAGCAGGCCCCCCGGCGCCCCGUGCGGCUGCCCCUCCUGCGUCUCGGAGCGGGGGCGCUCGCCGUGGUUCGACCAGCGCUUCGACGCCCGGCAGCUGCCCUUCCUCGCGGCCCAGAACGGCAGCGUCCCUCCCAGUGCGCUGCAGUGGUGGCUGGCUUUGCAGCGGUCCUCGGACGCGCAGGAGCCCUACCAGGUGAUCCAGAAGAUGUUCCAGGUGGUCUCCGAGCCGCCGCCGCACAAGCCCGCUGUGCCGGCCCGCUGCAGGAGGUGUGCAGUGGUGGGGAACUCGGGAAACCUCCGGGGCUCCCACAAUGGGCCCCUGGUAGACUCCCAUGACGCUGUGAUCAGGAUGAACAAGGCGACCACGCUGGGGUUCGAGGCCGACGUGGGGAACAGGACCACGCACCACUUCAUGUACCCCGAGAGCGCGGUGGACCUGCCCCCGGGGGUGUGGCUGGUCCUGCUGCCCUUCAAGCUGCGGGACCUGCAGUGGCUGGCCAGCGCGCUGUCCACCGGGGAGAUCAAAACAACUUACAUGAGAGUCAAAGAGCGGGUUCAAGCCGAUAAGGACAAGGUGAUUGUGGUGAACCCGGCCUUCUUUAAAUACACCCACGACAGCUGGACAGAGCAUCACGGGCGGUAUCCUUCCACGGGCAUGCUGGCUAUAAUUUUCGCUCUGCACAUCUGUGACGAGGUGUCUGUAUUCGGCUAUGGGGCUGACCCCCAGGGCAACUGGCACCAUUACUGGGAGGAUAACAAAUACGCCGGAGCCUUUCGGAAAACGGGGGUCCACAACGCCGAUUUCGAAACCCACAUCAUACUAAAGCUGCACUCGGAGGGGAAAAUCAAGCUGCACAGGUGACGAGGGUAGGAACUGCAAAUAAAAACAACCCCCAGGGUUUUGGAACGCCACGCACCAGUACCUCUGUGAAACAGACGAGGCGGUGAUGAGAGAGAGCAACGAGUCACAAGACAGCACCUCAUCAAGAGGGGGAAAGAGAACCCUCUUUGGGAUUUUAAUUUUUCUUAAAGGAUUUUUUUUUUUUAAGCAUGCUCGUGCAGAAGGUCCAGAAAGCAGGGCAGCCCCCGGCUGAAGAAUGGAAGGACCCGAGGAGCUGGACCUUCAGAAAGGACUGCAGGCGAAAACAAAACAAAAAAAACGCACGUUUUUGCCGAGUCACUUGUUUUUAUAGGUAUGGACUUUUUUUUUAAAAAAUCACUUUUGUUACUGGUCCGCCACACCCACAAGCCUUAUGUCGCACGACACGGGAGGAAGAAGGGUCUUGAGCAGCCUGGGGGAGGGCGGACCACCGGCGUGGGGCUGCAGUGUGGUCCCAGACCCGGGUCUCCUCGCUGCGGCGUUCGAGAGCAGCCGAGGCCUCUUCUGAUGAAAGAGAAUAAAUCUUGGACAAAACCCCAGCG